AUGGCGUCUAAUGCAGCGGUGCCGUUUUGGAGAGCUGCCGGGAUGACGUACAUAACGUACUCGAACCUAUGCGCCAAUUUGGUGAGGCAGUGUUUGAAGGAGCCCUACAAAUCCGAAGCUCUCACCCGUGAGAAGGUCCAUUUCGCCGUCUCUGAGUGGGUCGACGGCCGGCCGGAGAAGCCAACCAUCCGCUCGGACAACCCUGAAUGA